GUGUCGCAACAAGCUGUGUUAGUUUUUUCUCUUUGCCUUUUUAGUUGUAAGCUCUAUCAAGUUUUCCUCUACAGUAGCAUUUUCCAUAAAUGAUUUCCCCAAGACACGGUCAUGCAAAUUAAGACCUAAUACCAUGUUAUUAUAGAGCCAAAGCACCAAACUUCAAUACUAGUGCACCUUAACUUUGGGGGAAUGUAAGUUAUGAAUCUUGUCAUCAUGCCUUGAUGAUGAACCAUUUUAGUUUUCAUUGUUUUUGUGUCGUUUGCACUAUGCAUGUAUUCCAUCCUCUGGUUGGAUUUGCAUUUAGCAAGUGUGGUUUAAUCCCUGAGGAUGUCACAAAGGCAAGUUUGAAUGCUCUGUGUAGAUUUCAAACCUUUUAAGCUGAAAAAACUAUUCUCAACUGAGAUUGGCGGUCUCAAAUAUGGCUUUAUGGCCAUCAUGAAGACUGCCAAAAAGUGUCAAGAAACUGACAAGUGGCCACUAAAAGACGUACGACUUAUAAAAUGGCCGGCAACUUUAAGAAAUCUUCACACAACGAAAGAAACAAAACAAAAAUACGAUACUCUAAACUUAAAAUCAACAUAUGAGCCAAUGUAUAAUGUGUAUGUAUUCAUUUUUGUUUUGACGGCAUUAGAUUGGUCCCCAGGGUUUGAUCUAUCCCGGUCAAUAUGAGCAUGUGAUAUGAACUUUUUGCGUAAUUUUGCUGGUGCGUGUAGUAGGUCAAUUUUUCUAUUUUUCUAGCUUGACACCAUCUUUUACGUUACGUCACCUAUUUCGAGAAGAACAUAUCUUUCUAACUGAAUUCAUUUGCAUUCUCACGUCACUAAUUUUGAAAAGGGUAGUUUCUGUAGCAGUGUAUGGAUGGAUAUCACACCUAUAAAAUGAUCUUAAGUCGCCGUUGAGAAUUGACCAUCAAAUUGUAAGGUCCAACGUAAGGAAAAAAAGACUCCGCACGCGUUGAUUUUAAGUGGGAACAUACCAUCCGAACUUGUCUUCUUAAGGAGUACUGAAACCAAAUCAAUUCCUCCAACUCUCAGUCUCUUCCAAAUGACUAACAUAAAUCACAAAUCUCUCCCAUUCCACUUUGGCGUUGUUUUCUUAUGCCUCCACUUCAGUCCUGGAGUUUCUCUGUUACUGCAAGAGCAAGAACAAUCAGUUCUCCUGAAGCUAAAGCAGCAGUGGGGAAACCUUUCUUAUACGAGUCAAUGGAUCCCAUCAACAAACGCUUCUUCCCACUGUUCUUGGCCUGGGAUUACCUGUUCGUCGGGCUCAGUCACAGGGCUGACACUCUAUGAUGCAAACAUCACAGUACCAGUUCCUUUCUUCAUUUGUGACCUUAGGAACCUCUCACUAAUUACUCUUGGGUUGAACUACAUCCCGGGGGAGUUUCCCACAGCUUUGUACAACUGUUCAAAUCUUGAAGAUUUGGACCUCUCCGACAACUUAUUCGUGGGAACCGUUCCUAGCGACAUUGACCGAAUGGUUCAGCUCCGGAGUCUUAAACUCGGGGGUAAUAACUUCGCCGGCAACAUUCCCAUUGCCAUCGGACGGCUUCAAGAGCUAAGGAUACUGGAACUAGGGGCCAACCGGUUCAAUGGUUCUUUGCCACCGGAAUUAGGUAACUUGUCCAAUCUUGAAACGUUGUGGUUAUCCAAAAAUAAAAGGUUUUUGCCGUCAACGUUGCCUUCAAAUUAUACUCGAUUAAAAAAGUUGAAAAAUUUGUGGCUUGCUAACUUAAAUUUGAUUGGGGAAAUACCUGAAAGUAUUAGAGAUAUGGCAGCUUUGGAGUUCUUGGAUUUAUCUCGGAAUAAUUUGACUGGGAAUAUACCAGAUGGAUUGUUUACAUUGAAGAAUUUAAGCACAGUUUAUCUUUUCAAGAACAGACUUUCUGGGGAGAUUCCUCAGGUGGUUGAAAAUCUUAGAUUGAAGGUAAUUGAUUUUUCAGAAAACAAUUUAACUGGUCGAAUUCCAGAAGACUUUGGGAAGCUAAACCAAAUGACGGGUUUGGCUUUGUUUAUCAAUCAAUUAUCCGGAAAUAUUCCAGAGGGCAUCGGCAGAUUACCAGCUUUGAUAGAUUUCAAUGUGUUCACCAACAAUUUGUCAGGCGUUUUGCCUUCUGAUUUUGGCAAGAAUUCGAAGCUCAAAUCAUUCAAGGUUUCUUCCAAUAGGCUCACUGGCACAUUGCCGGAAUCACUUGGAAAUUGCAGCAGCUUACUUGUUUUCAAUGUUGGAAACAACAUGCUUUCUGGGGAUGUUCCUAGUGGCCUGUGGACAUUACCUGACUUGGGCACCUUGAUCCUAGCAAGUAAUUCAUUUACUGGCUUGUUUCCUGAGAAAUUGUCCGAUAACCUUUGGGAACUCCAUAUUAGUAACAACAAGUUUUCAGGUAACAUUCCUACUGCGGUGUCUUCAUGGAGAAAUUUGAUUGAAUUUGAGGCCAGCAAUAACCUAUUGACAGGUACUAUUCCUCAAGCAUUGACGACCCUUCCUCGUUUGACAAGUCUUUUGCUUGAUCAGAACCAGCUUAGAGGAGAGUUUCCUACAGAUGUACAAUCUUGGGAGGUCCUAAUUACUCUUAAUUUGAGUCGAAACCAACUCUCUGGACGGAUUCCAGAAAAACUUGGUCUUCUACCGAUUCUAGAAUUGGACCUCUCAGGGAACAUGUUUUCUGGCCAAAUACCAUUUCAACUUGGUCAUUUAACAAUGCUCCAAUUUCUCAAUCUCUCUUCUAAUGAGCUCACUGGUACAGUCCCACCUUGAUUCCAUAAGGCUGCAUUUGCCAAAAGCUUCUUGGAUAAUCCCGGUCUUUGUGCAAGUAACAAUGUGUUACAACUAAAGCUCUGCAAUCCCAAAUCCAGUAAACUAGAAAACUUUCUGAAAAAAAUAAUCAAAGGCAAAUUUCUUGCCUUGUUCCUAUCAUUAACUGUAGCUGUACUUUUGUUUUUUCUUUCCAUCUUGUUCUUCAUGAUUAGAUGUUACAGGAGGAAAAACGGAUUCAAUUCCAAAUGGAAAUUGGUGUCAUUUCAAAGGCUGAAUUUCAGACACUCAAAAAUUGUGUCUGGAUUGAAAGAGCAUAACCUAAUAGGAAGUGGAGGCUCAAGCAAAGUCUACCGUGUCCGUGUGAAUCGUCGUGGAGAUGUUUUCGCAGUAAAAAGAAUAUGGAACAAGAAGAAGCUGGACCACAAGCUUGAGGAAGAAUUCCUUGCGGAAGUCAAGAUUUUGACCUCAAUUAGGCAUUCCAAUAUAGUGAAACUCCUUGGCUGCAUCUCCAGCGAGAGCUCCACACUUCUAGUCUACGAGUACAUGGAAAACCGUAGCCUGGAUAGAUGGCUUUACGGAAAAAACAGGGAAAUCACUGACCGUGUUCCCGGUUCUGUGAUUGUCCACCAUUUAGUCCUUGACUGGCCCAAGAGGCUACAAAUCGCAAUUGGAGCUGCUCAGGGCCUCUGCUACAUGCACCACGACUGUGUGCCGCCAGUUAUACACAGAGACAUUAAAUCAAGCAACAUCUUGCUUGAUUCUGAUUUCAACCCGAAAAUUGCAGAUUUUGGGGUAGCCAAGUUCUUGGCAAAGCAAGGAGAGCUUGCUACAAUGUCAACUGUGGCUGGUUCUUUUGGCUACAUAGCUCCAGAAUUCGCUUAUACUACAAGAGUGAAUGAAAAGAUUGAUGUUUACAGUUUUGGGAUCGUCCUUUUGGAGUUGGCAACUGGUAGAGAAGCAAAUGAGAGUGGUGACGAAUACAGUAGCCUCGCCGAAUGGGCAUGGCGUCAUGUUCAAGAGGACAAGCCAAUACCCGAAGCAUUGGAUGAGGAGAUAAAGGAAGCAUGUUAUGUUGAAGAAAUGUGCUGCGUUUUCAAGCUUGGGAUUAAAUGUACACAGACACAACCUUCUUCAAGGCCUUCUAUGAAGGAGGUUGUUAGACUAUUGCUUAAGCGCAGUCCUACAUUAGUUUUCGUGUAAAAAAAGCUCGUCGAGACUCAAAUACAAUUCUUUUAGCAUUCUGUAACAGUUCUCAUUAAAUCACAAGUCAAAACAUCCAUAGUAACAUUCAGCAGUUCCCUAGCAUGUAUAUGUAUAUUUGUCACUGUAGUGAUGUGGUUCAAACACCGGACAAGUCAGCCUCAUUUAAUGGUGAUUUUUUAAAUAUAAUUGAUAGAAGUUAAAAUUCUUAAUUGUA